UGCGCAGACUGCAGCGAGCGCACUGCAUUUGUUUUCGCUUAAGAGUUUUAGCUGACAACCAAAUCGAGAAGUUCGACCUGCUCAGCCUUUUUUUCAAAUUGCAUGUUAACGGCGUGUCCUAUCAAAUUUUAAGCGUCAGUCAACGAGCUCGAGUUACGUUAUUGUUGACGUUAUCGUUCGUCAUGCCGAGAGGCGGGAAAAAGGGCCACAAGGGCAGAGGGAAACAAUUCAGCAAUCCCGAGGAGAUUGACCGACAGAUGAAAGCCCAGAGAGAGCUGGAAGCAAAUGCUGGUGUGGAGAAAGAGAGCGGUUCAGAGUCUGAGGAGGAGAGUAGCAGUGAAGAAGAGUCUGAGUCUAGGAGGAGGAGCGGCGUGGAGGGACUUAUAGAAAUUGAGAAUCCCAACCGCAUUUCUCAGAAAAGCAAGAAAGUGACCGAAGUAGAUGUCGAGGCUCCUCGAGAGCUGUCUCGCAGAGAGAGGGAGGAGAUUGAGAAGCAGAAAUCCAAGGAACGCUAUAUGAAGCUUCAUCUUGAGGGGAAGACGGAGCAGGCGAGAGCUGACCUGGCCAGACUCGCUAUUAUCAAGAAGCAGAGGGAGGAAGCUGCCAAGAAGAGAGAUGAACUCAGGAAAGAUGCAGAGGAGACCAACGCGAAGCGUUAGUCACCUCCCCACCAACUUCAACAUGCACAUCGGUCGGAGGGACGGAGAGAAGCGAGGGAACACAUUUGAAUAGCGUCAGAACACGGCUGCCCUCCGAGCUCCAUCGAAGUCCUUCACGUAACAGCAGAGGGGCGGUGUGCUCCCCACAGCCGAAUACAAAACAAAACGGGUGAAAUCAUCAAGAUACGAAGAGUAAUGCAACAUUUGGGAUCCCUCCACCGGUUUUCUAAGUGCUUACACUCGCUCGUCACUCUUUUUACACCAUCUUAAUUCUUAACGCUGCUAAUCAUUUGCAUUCCUUUUGCUACUCACAUGUUUUUCCAAGAUGUGGUUGGGACUCAAAACAGCAGGGAGCUGACACGAGGAGGUCUUAGGCGCGUAAAGUUUUCCUUCAACCCGACUCGUUUUUGUCGGAAUGCAGCAAUAGUUGGAGAAAUGGAUGCAAAUUCAGAAUAACGCAUGACAAGUUUAUGAAGUGGACAUUUCUUGUAAUGCCUCAAAGCAGAAGGACAAUGACUUGAACUACCUUUUGAUAAGCUUUGUUUAGUUCUACUUUCUUUUAAUAGAUAAACACAGUAAACACGUUUUUGGAAGCCUUGCAUCAAAGUGGCCUUAUUGCGGUUCUGCUGGGAUCCUCUUGUUUCUUUUGUUUUUGUUUUUUUAUAGUUUACAAAAGACCACCUCACACUCUUUUACCUGUCUUUUUUUUUUUUUUUUUUUUUACAGUGUUGCAGUUCAAAAUUGUAUUGUCAAGCAGAAGACUUUCCUCACUCGUGUUUUCUAAUUUGGCAAGCAAAAUAUCCACUGUGAUGUUUCCAGAACACCAAUUGUUUGGUUUGGAGAUGUAAAAAUUAUUCUGUUCCAACAUGUUUCAGGCUACAGUAAUAACAAUCGCACACUUGUAUGAAAGAACUGAACGAGCAACAGCUUUCAGGAAAAAGAAAAACAAGCUGCAACAUAGAAACAAGUUCCUCAACUUUUUUGCUCCCAUGUUUGAAGUCAUUUAAUAAAGAAAUGGAUUCAUAAAUACACAAA